AUGUUCAACUCUGCAGAUAUGAUCUUUUCAUUGGAUAAUUUGUUUUAUGAAAGACCAGAUACAAGACAAAGGCAUCUAGAAAAUGAAGAGCCUAAGAUUUGUUGUAUUGCACCUGCUCCAGCUAUUGCUGAAAUUCCAGCUGCAGAGGAGUUGCAGAGAGAACUGGAAAAAAACACUGCAAACACUCAUAUGGGGAAAAAGCACCAGAAGUUUAUACAACAAUGUAAGAGUAACAUGGAGGAGGGAAAUGAUAAAUCACCAGCACCUGUUCAUUUUGGCAUAGCCUCUGAAAAAGAAGUGCUUCAAUUAAGUGUAGGAGAAAGAGAGAAAAUUAGUUUUCGGCAUAUAAGUCUGAAAAUGGUUUCAUUGUUUCUCUCUGACCAAGAUAAAUCUGAAACAGGAGCAGAGGUUUCUCAGCAACCUGGUGCAAAUUUUUCACAAAAUAAAAUAUUAAGUAAUUUUCCAGAAAACAGUGAUGAUGAAAGUGUUCAUUCAACAUUAAGAAAAAGCUUAUUUAAAAUGUCUGGUUAUAUGUACAAAAAUACAGAAUUUAAUUAUAGUUCUAUGGAUGUGAAGGAAAGUGAUCCUUACUUAAAUACAAAUGAAAAGAUGAAAGAAGUGAGAAAAGAAGGUUUAUGGAGAAAUAGUCGUCAUACACCAAUAACUAAAGACUCAGAUUUUACUCUGCAAGGGGUAAAUGAUGGGGACAUUACAUCUAAAAAUGGAAUUGAAAUGAAAUCAUUUGCUAAUGCUUCAGAGAUUCUGGAUAUGACAGGAACUACAGGAAGGAAAUUGGAAAUUUUGAGGGCUGUCACAGAAAUACCAACCCAAUUUAGAAGUAUUUUUAAGGAGUUCCCAUAUUUUAACUAUGCACAGUCUAAAGCUUUGGAUGAUCUUCUUUAUACAGAUAGGAAUUUUGUGAUUUGUGCUCCAACUGGCUCUGGAAAAACUGUAAUGUUUGAGUUAGCUAUUACCAGAUUACUCAUGGAGGCCCCACUGCCUUGGUUAAAUAUUAAAGUUGUUUACAUGGCUCCAAUAAAAGCUCUAUGCAGUCAACGUUUUGAUGACUGGAAGGAAAAAUUUGGACCUAUAGGACUCAGCUGCAAGGAACUGACAGGAGAUACAGUGAUGGAUGAUUUAUUUGAAAUUCAUCAUGCUCACAUUAUUAUCACUACACCUGAAAAAUGGGAUAGCAUGACUAGAAGGUGGAGAGACAACUCUAUAGUCCAGCUUGUACGACUGUUUCUCAUUGAUGAGGUGCAUGUUAUAAAGGAUGAAAGCCGUGGUGCAACAUUAGAAGUUGUAGUCAGUCGGAUGAAGACAGUUCAGUCUUCUCUUUGGCGUCUUUCAGAGAAUCAUGACACUGUUCCUCCCUUGAGAUUUGUAGCUGUUUCUGCAACAAUCCCAAAUGCUGAAGAUAUUGCAGAAUGGCUUUCAGAUAGUAAAAUGCCUGCUGUAUGUAUGAAAAUAGAUGAGGAACAACGACCAGUGAAGCUACGCAAAAUUGUUCUUGGUUUUCCCUGCAGUGACAAUCAGACAGAAUUCAGAUUUGAUUUAACUCUUAACUACAAGAUAGCUAGUAUUAUACAAACAUACUCAGAACAAAAACCAGCACUUGUGUUUUGUGCCACAAGAAAAGGAGUACAGCAGGCCGCUUCUGUUCUUGCAAAAGAUGCUAAAUUUCUACUGAGUAUAGAACAGAAACAAAGAUUACAGAGGUCUGCAAAUUCAUUGAGAGAUUCCAAACUGAGAGAUCUUUUAAUGUAUGGUGUGGCUUAUCAUCAUGCGGGUAUGGAGAUAUCUGACAGAAAAAUAAUUGAAGGAGCUUUUGCCGUAGGAGACUUACCAGUACUUUUUACUACUAGCACCUUAGCUAUGGGAGUCAAUCUACCUGCACAUCUGGUGAUUAUAAAAUCCACAAUGCACUAUGUUGGAGGAGUGUUCCAAGAGUACAGUGAAACUGAUAUUCUGCAAAUGAUUGGGAGAGCAGGAAGGCCUCAAUUUGACACUACAGCUACAGCAGUUAUUAUGACUCGUUGGAGUACAAGGGAAAAGUAUAUACAGAUGUUAAAUGGUGCUGAUAUAAUAGAAAGCAGCUUGCACAGACAUCUUGUUGAGCACUUAAAUGCAGAAAUAGUGCUACAUACUGUCACAGAUGUCACUGUAGCUUUGGAAUGGAUACGAUCAACGUUCCUGUACAUUAGAGCCUUAAAAAAUCCGACUCAUUAUGGUUUUUCAUCUGGAUUGGAUAAAAUAGGAAUUGAAGCAAAAUUACAAGAGCUGUGUUUGAAGAACUUAAAUGAUUUAUCAUCUUUUGAUUUGAUCAGGAUGGAUGAAGCGAAUAAUUUCAAACCAACUGAGACUGGAAGAUUAAUGGCAUGGUAUUAUAUUGCAUUUGAUACAGUGAAACAGUUUUUCAUGAUUAAGGGAACAGAGACUUUAAAUGAAUUGAUUACAAUGAUCUCCAACUGCACAGAAUUUCUGGAUGUCAAGUUAAGAACAAAUGAAAAGAAAAUACUGAACAGUUUGAAUAAAGACAAGGACAAAAUAACUAUCAGGUUUCCAAUGGAGGGGAAGAUAAAAACAAGAGAAAUGAAAAUAAACUGUCUUAUUCAGGCUCAGCUAGGAUGCAUUCCUAUUCAAGACUUUACUUUGACACAAGAUACUGGCAGAAUAUUUAGAAGUGGCUUAAGGGUUACUAGAUGGUUAUCUGACUUUCUGGCAUCAUCUAAGAACAACUUUUUUGCUUUCUUAAACUCUUUGAUUUUAGCAAAGUGUUUCAGGUGCAAACUUUGGGAAAAUUCACUUCAUGUAUCGAAACAAUUGGAAAAAAUUGGUGUAUCACUGUCAAAUGCUAUGGUAAAUGCUGGGCUGACAUCAUUUAAAAAAAUAGAAGACACAAAUGCAAGGGAACUUGAACUGAUUUUAAACAGACAUCCUCCUUUUGGAAACCAGAUAAAAGAAUCUGUUUUGCACCUUCCAAAAUAUGACCUUGACAUUGAACAGCUUCCAAAAUACAGUGAUACAUUGGCUGAAAUCUUAGUAACCAUCAAAUUAACAAACUAUGAGCAGCUACAGACAAAGAGAACAGCGACAGACUUUCACUAUGUUACAUUGGUCAUAGGAGAUGCUGACAACCAAGUCAUUUUUAAUCAGAAAAUUAUGGAUUCUGUGCUGCUGAAAACUGGAAACUGGAUGAAGAAAAUUGAAGUGAAAAGAGCUUUUAAAUCAGAGGAUAUUAGUAUAAAUCUGAUUAGUUCUGAUUAUGGAGGCAGAUCGAAACAAGAAAUCACUUACAAGAAAUAUGGAAACAGAGAAUGCAACCAUCGCUGUAAAAAUAAAGAUGUGUGUGGACAUGACUGCUGUAAAACUGGAGUACCUCCAAAGUCUGACAUGAAUGGAGAUUCAAAGUUUUCUUUGUAUCUAGCUGAUUUAAGGAGCAGGAACUCAAUUUCAUCUGUACUCCCAGUAAAACGGUUAAAGAUGCAGAUGUUAAAUCAAGCUCAAAAUGUGGAUCUCAAACAAUUUGUUUUUACACCUAAAUCUUUGUUGCCGGCAUUGCCAAGGUCUAGCAAUAAACAGGCAUCUUCAUCACCUUCAGUGGACCAGCUAGAUAACGUUAAUAGCUUAGCAGUGUCUCAGAAACAACUGCAAUCUUGGAAUUAUGGAAAAAAUAAUGCUUUGGAUGUGGAUCUUGAACUGAGAGAUGACGUUUGGGAUGAUAUUGAUGAUGAAAAAUUAGUAUUUGCUAGCAACUUUGCCAGUAGAGAAUUAGAUGAGUGUGAACCACUUUGCCAAUAUACAAGAAGCAAAGCCACAAAGGACACUUCAAAAGAUUCACGCGCAUUACAGGAUGAGACCAAUAUCCAGAACUCAGUUGUUCCUGUGGUUAAGAGCACAUCAAAAGCGAAUUUAUCUGUACAGAGUGGAAAUACAAAUAUGUCCAGUUGUCAAGAAAAAAAGUAUUCAAAUCCUUCACAAGAGCUGCAACAUGUACAGUGUUCUUCAGUCUCAGAAAUAAUUUCACACUCUUCUAAAUUCACUAGGAAAGAGGAUUUUUUUAUUUUCACAAAAGAUCAGGAAAAAGAAGUGGAUCCCAGAUACCUUCUUGAUGAUGAAAUCAAUGAUGUCAAGCCCUUUCUUGGAAUAUUUGAUGGCAUUUUGUAA